UCUCUCACUUCUCUGCAAGAAGAACAAAGGCAGAGAAGGUAAAAAUGGGUGUCGCUCUUUUCUCACUCGCUAGGCUCUUUGUUCUCUCCUUCAUUACAUUGGGUCUCAUUCCUCAGCAAGCUAUUGCAAGCAUGACCAGAAAGUACACGUUUAAUGUUCAACUGAAGAAUGUGACAAGAUUGUGCCACACGAAGAGCAUUGUAACCAUAAACGGCCAAUUUCCCGGGCCUCGAAUUGUUGCUAGGGAGGGUGAUCGCCUCGUCAUCAAAGUUGUUAACCAUGUUCAAAGCAACAUCUCCAUCCAUUGGCACGGAAUUCGACAGCUUCGAAGUGGCUGGGCUGACGGUCCGGCAUACAUUACACAAUGUCCGAUUCAAACCGGCAACAGCUAUGUGUACAAUUUCACCAUUGUUGGCCAAAGAGGCACUCUUUGGUGGCAUGCUCACAUUUCAUGGCUAAGAUCAACAAUCUAUGGCCCCCUAAUCAUUCUUCCCAAACGUGGUAUUCCUUAUCCAUUUACCAAACCCUAUAAGGAAGUUCCCAUCAUCUUUGGAGAAUGGUGGAAUGCAGAUCCUGAAGCAGUCAUCAACCAGGCAUUGCGAACCGGAGGAGGACCAAAUGUUUCUGAUGCUUACACCAUCAAUGGACUCCCAGGGCCUUUGUAUAACUGUUCUGCCAAAGAUACUUUCAAGCUGAAGGUGAAAGCUGGAAAGACAUACCUUCUGCGCAUUAUCAAUGCAGCACUGAACGAUGAGCUCUUCUUCAGCAUUGCAAACCACACGGUCAAGGUGGUAGAAACUGACGCAGUUUACACCAAACCCUUCGAGACCAGCACCAUUCACAUUGCCCCGGGACAAACCACCAAUGUUCUUCUCAAAACCAAACCCAACUACCCAAAUGCCACAUUUUUCAUGACCGCAAGGCCAUAUGUGACCGGUUUAGGCACCUUUGACAACUCUACUCUUGCCGGCAUUCUUGAGUAUAAAACGACCACACUUCACUCAACCCUCCCAUUGAACAAACUUUCACUCCACAAACCAAUUCUCCCAGCUCUAAAUGACACAUCCUUUGCAACAAAGUUUGCCAGCAAACUCCGCAGUUUAAACACUCCACAAUUUCCAGCAAAUGUCCCACAAAAAGUUGACAAACAUUUGUUCUUCACAGUAGGGCUCGGAACCAACCCAUGCAGCCAACAAAAGCACAACAACCAGACUUGCCUGGGACCCAAUAAUAGUUCUAUGUUUGCUGCUUCAAUCAACAAUAUUUCUUUCACCAUGCCAAACACUGCCUUGCUUCAAUCCCACUUCUCCGGCCAAUCCAAUGGGAUUUAUUCCCCUUAUUUUCCUAUAAGUCCUUUAAUCCCAUUUAAUUACACUGGAGCUCAGCUUAACAACACUAACGUCGGUAAUGGUACAAAGCUAAUGGUGCUUCCGUUUAACACUAGUGUGGAGUUGGUGUUGCAGGACACUAGUAUUCUUGGUGCUGAAAGUCAUCCUCUUCAUCUUCAUGGAUUCAACUUCUUUGUUGUUGGUCAAGGGUUUGGGAACUUCGACCAAAAUAAAGAUCCUAAGAAGUUCAAUCUGGUUGAUCCUGUUGAAAGAAACACCGUAGGUGUUCCCUCUGGCGGGUGGACUGCGAUUCGGUUUCUUGCAGACAACCCAGGUGUUUGGUUCAUGCAUUGUCACUUGGAGAUCCAUACAAGCUGGGGCUUGAAGAUGGCUUGGGUAGUCUUGGACGGAAAGCUUCCCAAUCAAAAGUUGCUUCCUCCCCCACUGGAUCUUCCCAAAUGUUGAUACGGAAAGCUUCCCAAUCAAAAGUUGCUUCCGCCCCACUGGAUCUUCCCAAAUGUUGAUACAUGCUGAACUACCUCCGAGUCUGAUCACAACGUUUCACCAAGAAUUUUGUAACCCAUCGGUUUUAUUCUUUGGCCUAAUUGAUGUUUCAUUUUUCUGUCAUUGUUGCCUGUGCAGCUUAAAGGCAAUGAUAUCCAUCUGUAACAUUUUAAUUUCUUGAUGUAAGAGGGCUCACAACAAUAAUGUCACAAUCAGAUUGUUGCCUCUCUUCUCAUUUCUUGCUAUGUUUAUACCUAGGCAUAUCUCUACAAAGUUCAAAUUUUAUAGUCCAACAAUGAGACCAUUUAGAGCACAUAAG